AUGUAUUCGCCUCAGCCUUUUCUGACUCUUAUGACUCUUCUUCUCUUCUUCUCUUUCCAUCUCUCUCUCCUCACCAAAAAAUCUCAACACACUAUAACUCUACAAACCGCUACUUGCAAGUUUAAACGCCGAGUUAAUAUCACUGCUGUGAUAACCGACAAGCAUCGACAUCUCCACUGUGAAAAGCUGACGACUCUCGAAGACAUCCCUUCCUGCAUUCACGACCCAACUUACCUAAACGAGGCCCGAGAAAACAGCGGAUCGCAUACUGGGGAAAAAGAAUCAAACAUCAAAAAUAAACGACCAAAGGACGAACCAAGAAAAGACACGAUUACGAAAAGCUUCACCAUGGAUCUCAAGUUCACGAGCGACCAACACCUUGCCAUACAGCUCACUCUUGAGAACUCUGACAGGGUAAAGCGCUGGCUGCGCACUCUUCCAGCGAACCCGAUCUCCCCCAGCAAUGGAUCCAUCUCCCCAGACUUCGCCAAAGCGCACCUCAUGGACAGAUGUCGUCACCCAGACUGUGCCUUCCAGGUUCGAUUAAUAUCAGUUCAUAACCAUACACACCACAAGGGGAUGCCUCUGGACCAACUAUACCCGGUAGCUUGGACCUCAUCUGGUGGCAGCACGAGCACAGGAACCACUUUCUUGACCGCGAAAUCCCACCAAACAGCAUCAGAUGGGGGGGAAACCAAACCAGAAGAACAAAACGAACUAGAGGAAUUAAAGGAGCCACAAGAACUAGAGGAACGUGGAGAAUCGAUGGAACCAGAAGAGUUCGAGGAAACAAAGGAACCAGAUGGACUAGACGAACUGCCCAUACCGGAAGAACUGGAGGAACUAGAUGAACGGAAACGACCAGAAGGUCCUGGAGGACAGGACAAACAAGCAGAGCCUGAGGAACGAGAGGAAGACAAGAAGCUAGAGGAACACAACGUACUAGAGGAACACAACGUACUAGAGGAACACAACGUACUAGAGGUACACAAUGUACCAGAGGAAGACGAUGAAUCGGAGGUACACAACGAACUGGAGAAACACAAUGAACCGGAAGAACUGCCGCAACGAAAACAGCCGGAUGAACGACCAAGGGAAACAGAGGAGAUGGACUAUUUAGCGACGAGAGUGAAGGAGAGGAUGGAGAAGCCACGGAAGAAGCCACAGAGGAAGCCAGAGGCUCUAGUAAGUACCAAUCAAUAUCAAGCGCAGAAGGAAUAUUAA